AUGACUGAACCCCUUCAGCAAGCAACAGCUUUUGGAGGCACGGUAGGGAACCAAACCUUUGCGACGAAUCAACAGCGCUCAACAGGCGCAAGACAAACUAUAGAUAAUCCGUUCUUGACAUUCGAUGACACGAUUCCCGACCUGAAGACUCAACGUACCGAACUGGAAGAGUAUGUCUGGGAAUUCGCUUCGCUAGCCGGUCUCAAAGACCGCUAUGAGUUGCUUCGGUUUGGUGCUCGUCUCGCUCGAGACAAGUAUGAGGCUUUGAGGAAAUACGCGGAUGAGCUCACAGAUUCCGAGAAAGGGUUGUUGGAGAAGGAAAAGGAUGAGAGUACAGGCUUUUGGAAGCAGUCCAAAUUUCUCCGCGCGACAAUCAUGACCGCAAGUCUUGCCGGUAUGAUCCAGGGAUGGACGCAAAGCGCCAAUAACGGCACUGCUCAUGGCAUGCCAGAAGAGUUUAACCUCUGCUAUCGCAGGGAUCGCAUGGAGGAGGAGUGUCCUUCAUCCGAUCUUUGGACGUUUGGCAUGCUGAACGCUAUUCCGCUGCUUUCCGCGGGCCUCUUUGGUACCCUCCUCGCAGAUCCGCUACAGGAGAACUUCCUAGGGAGGCGAGGUAGUGUGAUGCUGUCUUGUGGCAUCACAAUAGCCUCGACAAUCGGUGCAUCACUUACGCACAACGUAGGCUCACUCGCAGCUUGCCGAGCUAUCAACGGAAUAGCUCUGGGUGCAAAAGCAUCGAUAGUUCCGAUAUAUGCGGCUGAAAUAUCACCAGAGCAUAUACGUGGCGCUGUUCUGGCGAACUGGCAGCUUGCUGAUGCAGCCGAAUCGCCUCGAUACCUGAUGAAGCAUGGAAAAUACUCCAAAGCACUCCAAGCCUUCGAACAGGUCCAAACCACUCGGUUGCUAGCAAGUCGCGAUUUCAUGUACGCGCAUGCUCAGCUGGAUUUCGAAAGCCGACUAUUGAAAGGAGAGACGAACGAGCUUGGCACCCUGGCCGAUCGCGUAGAUAUCAGCGCGCCGAGCUUGUCUGGAGAGCCAUAUCCGCCAGCAUCGAAUCGUAUACGUUUCGACAGGCCUUCUCCGCAGAGCGCGGUGUCGCCAGGUCGAUCGACCCAAGACCCCCACGUCGAGGCAAGAAAUUUGGGCACAACAACGGUACCGAGCAACGACCAAGACCAAAGCAGGCCACAGCCCGAGCAGAACGAGACUAGCAACAUCGAGCUUGCGACUUUGAACCGGACGUGGAGUGAUAUCUCAAGCCUAGGCUUCGACUUUGGAGUCAAGCGAACGAAGAAGAAUAAUCCAUAUUCUUACAACAUCGGUGUCAACGGCUACUACAAGCGUCUGAGGGAGUUAUGGUCCAACAAGCGGUGUCGACGAGCAUUGCUGUGCGCUUCCGUAUCCAUGAUCACCCAGACCCUGACGGGCGUCAACACGAUCGCCUUCUUAGGCACGAUAGUGUGGCCCAACUCCGGAACAAACAGUGAUCGUACAUCCGCGAUAAUAGGUCUGGCCUUUGGAGCAGCGAAUUACAUGUUCGGGCUUCCUGCUUAUUGGUCUUCGGAUCGAUUGGGACGUUCCGUCAUGCUUUUGCUCGGCCUGCCAAACAUGGCAUGGUCAAUCCUAGUCUUUGCCUUCCUCUUCAAAAUCACCGACACGUCCGUCCAGAUACCAUUGGUCAGCAUCUUCGCGGUCAUCUUCGUUGCCUUUUAUGCCCCAACAGCCGGUACGUCUCCGUUCUCGAUCGCAGCAGAGGUCUUUCCUCUCGUAUCGAGGGAGGCUGGCAUGGCUGUUUCCGUCGCGGUCAACCUUCUGGGUGCUGGCGUAUUGGUACUAGUCUUCCCAUUCCUGCAGGACAGCAUUCGGCCGACAGCUGCAUUCUCUAUCUUCGCAGGUUUGAAUAUGGUGGCGUUUGUGCUAGUGUAUUUGUUCGUUCCGGAGACGAGAAUGCGGACUCUCGAAGAGCUGCAGUAUACGUUCGAUUUACCAACGGGAUGGCAUGUCGCGUAUCGAGUGGGGUACAUACGACAGCAUGUCUGGGCGAAUUGGUGGAAAUACUUGACGCGCAAGGAGGUUCAGCCGCCGGUUCCGUUCUACGAAUGGGCGCGAGAGACGUAUAGAGAGAUGGAAGGUGCCAGCUGA